AUGUCAAACACUACUCUGCCAGAAAAUCAGGGUCUCGAUGAGGAGGCCUAUAACUCCGCCGAGGAUGAAGAUUUCGAGUUAGACGCGGCACCGGACGACUCCGACCUAUCUUCCGAUGCCGACGAGGCCACAGAACCCGCCAAGAAGAAGCGAAAGACAGUCACUCAAUCUCAGCCCCCGAAGGAUGCAGAACUUGACUCUGGAGAUGAGGCUACAAUUAGAAAAGCGAGGGAAAAGAAAGAGAAGAAGACCAAGGGAAAGAAGAUCAAGGGCAAACGCGCGCGAUAG